AUGCAAGCCCCCGUGGUGGUAAUGAACACCAACAGUGGUGAGCGACAGACGGGUCGCAAGGCUCAGAUGUCCAACAUCGCUGCCGCCAAGACCGUCGCCGAUAUUAUCCGUUCCUGCCUCGGCCCCAAGGCCAUGUUGAAGAUGUUGCUGGAUCCCAUGGGUGGUAUUGUCCUGACCAACGAUGGUCACGCCAUCCUCAGAGAGAUCGAGGUGUCUCACCCGGCAGCUAAGAGCAUGAUUGAGCUCAGCCGAACGCAAGACGAGGAGGUCGGUGACGGUACCACGACCGUCAUCAUUCUGGCCGGCGAGAUGCUUGCCCAGUCCCUGCCCCAGCUCGAGCGCAACAUCCACCCCGUCCAGAUUAUCGCCGCCUUCAAGCGUGCGUUGAAGGACGCCCUUGAGAUUGUCGAGGAGAUCUCCACCCCCAUCGACACCACCGACGACAAGGCCAUGUACAGCCUCAUCUCUUCCUCCAUCGGUACCAAGUUUGUGUCCCGGUGGUCCGACCUGAUGUGCGAGCUCGCCUUGAAGGCCGUUCGCACCGUCACUUGGGAGCCCGGCAAUGGCAACAAGGAGGUUGACAUUAAGCGCUACGCCCGUGUCGAGAAGGUGCCCGGUGGCGAGAUUGAGGACAGCAGGGUGCUGGACGGCGUCAUGGUCAACAAGGAUAUUACGCACCCCAAGAUGCGCAGGAGAAUAGAGAACCCGAGGAUCGUGCUGCUCGACUGCCCGCUCGAGUACAAGAAGGGCGAGUCGCAAACGAACAUUGAGAUCUCCAAGGAGGAGGACUGGAACCGUAUCUUGCAGAUUGAGGAGGAGCAGGUCAAGGCCAUGUGCGACUCGAUCCUGGCGCUCAAGCCGGACCUCGUCAUCACGGAGAAGGGCGUCUCGGAUCUGGCACAGCACUACCUCGUCAAGGCCAACGUUACGGCCCUGCGGCGAGUGCGCAAGACGGACAACAACCGGAUAGCCCGCGCGACCGGCGCCACCAUUGUCAACCGCGUGGAUGAUCUCCAGGAGUCGGACGUUGGCACCCAGUGUGGCCUGUUCGAGAUUGAGAAGAUUGGCGACGAGUACUUCACCUUCCUGACGAAGUGCGAGAACCCCAAGGCCUGCACAGUGCUGCUACGCGGCCCCUCGAAGGACGUGCUGAAUGAGAUUGAGCGCAACCUCCAGGACGCCAUGGGCGUGGCCCGCAACGUCAUGUUCCACCCGCGCCUGUCGCCCGGUGGUGGCGCGACGGAGAUGGCCGUGUCGGUGCGCCUCGCGCAGCUGGCCAAGGGCAUCGAGGGCGUGCAACAGUGGCCAUACAAGGCGGUGGCGGACGCCCUUGAGGUGAUCCCCCGAACGCUGGUGCAGAACGCCGGUGCCAGCCCCGUGCGCGUGCUGACGGACCUGCGUGCCAAGCACGCCGAGGGUAAGACGUCGUGGGGCAUCAAUGGCGAUGAGGGUGUCAUCGUGGACAUGCACCAGUACGGCGUCUGGGAGCCGCAGGCUAUCAAGCUGCAGAGCAUCAAGACGGCCAUCGAGUCUGCCUGCCUGCUUCUCCGCGUGGACGACAUUUGCAGCGCGAGGAAGGGCGCGCAACCGGGCCAGGGCGGAGGCGGUGAGGAAUAA